AUGCAACAUGAAGAAUCUCGACGACUCUCCAAAGAUUCCCCUCUAUCAGUAACAGAUUCCUCUGGUCGGCAAGUCAGCUUGCUUAAUGACGCUGCUGCUGCCGCUGCUGCUGCUGCUGUCAAUGGUCUACCAGUACGGCCUGUGCCCAAUCGAAUGCCAAUGGAGUAUGAGCCAUCACCAAGAGAAUCACAGCAGUAUAUGACAACAGCCACUUCCUCUUCACCUUCCUCUUUGUCCUCAAGUAGCGGCUCUUCACCAGAAGAAAAUAACAGUGGGAAUGCACCGAGGCCAGCAGGUACACCAAACUGGUCACCACACCCAAUACAACGACAACAACAACAACAACCAUCGCCAUCAGUGAGCAACAACGCAUCUCCACAACAACAACAGCAACAAAAGGCCAAUAGUCGACGAAAAUAUCAUUGUACAGAACCAGGAUGUAACAAGAGUUUUACUACAAGUGGACAUUUGGCACGACACAAUCGUAUUCAUACGGGAGAAAAGAACUUUCCAUGUCUCUUUCCGGGAUGUCAAUCAAGAUUUUCUCGACAAGACAACAUGAUGCAGCAUUAUCGUACUCACAUGUCUCCAAAGUCAAGGCGAUCUCAACGGGGCAAAGCAAAUGGUGCACCUGCUACUGAAGAACCUCGUCCAAGACCUCGAUUGCAUGCACAUCAUAGGAUUCGAUCUGAUCCAUUUCGUGUGGAACCUCCUCUCACCAUUGAUCAACAUUUGAGCAAUUAUCAUCGAUCCUUGUUAACCCCAUCGGCACGCACAGAGCGAUUUUCACCCACUCGCUAUAACAACCAUCAGCAACAACAACAACAACAAGCAUCACCUAUUGCCAGGCCAUCACCCGUUGCCCCUGUACCCGUAGCAACCACCAUGCAGCAUGUAUCCCCAUCAUCCACUCAACCAUUGGCUGGCAGUACAAAUACCAGUGCAAGUGCAACACCUGCUACCCCAAUGACCCCAUUGAUGGCAUCAUCAUCCACAACAACACCUGUUAUCAAUGUAUCUCCCUCUCCUGCUGCUCCUGCUAUUGUAUCAUCCUCAUCCACACCAUCUACUACUACCACACCAUUGUCAUCUACCCCAUCAUCCUCUUCACCCCCUGCUGUCUUUUAUCAACAUCGCCCAUUGACCACCAACUUGUCAUUGCUGGAUCAUCCUGCUGGUCAGGCUCCUCCGUUUCCUUUUACUUUAUUGCACCCUCCUGUGCGUAAAGGUGAUGAUGAUUCAUCCUCGGAUGGUUUACGACAACUGGCUCAUGUUGUGAGCACCUUUGGUUAA